CGCCCCUUCCUCCUCCACUUCCCGUCAACCAAACGAGUCCUCAAGGACUCUUCCGUCUCGAGUAAAGGAAACGCGGUCUCGUGACCAUCGAGGUCCCUUCGGCUGCGAACCUCUAAACCCUCCUCCGGUUCCUCUCGCCCCCACCGCACGCCACACUUAGACCCCCCCCUCCUCCUCCCCCGAAUCGCGCGGGUGGAAGGCCACGAAAGAUCAGGCUUCCUCCGACUCCGAUUCCGAUUUCCAGAAAGAAAACAGGAGAGGGAGGGGGUACGCGUAGGUUUGCUCUUGCCCGAGUCCUCGGCAGGAGAAUAGAAGUUUUCUUUCAGUCAUCAGUUGCCAGCUCAAAAGGGUACUCCAUGGAUACCACGACGAGCCCCCGCCGUUUUAGAACCCUGAGAUCGAGCGACAGCGGUCGAUUUCCGAUAGACGGAGAGGGCGAUCCGAGAUGCGGAUAAAUCCCAAUUCAUCUAUUCACAAGCGCACGUCGUCCAGAGAUUUCGCGAGCGCCGUCGAUCGCAGCGAUUUCAGCGCAGCCCGUCUAUUGAAUGCCAUGGGGGACACUAAUACCAAUCCUUCGUGGAAGCUCUCCUUUCCUCACAUAUGCGUCGCUAUCAUUUCGUCCUUCUUGUAUGGUUACCACCUCGGAGUCGUGAACGAGCCGCUUGAGAGCAUUUCCACGGAUCUUGGUUUUGCAGGGAAUGCCUUGGAGGAAGGACUUGUGGUUAGCAUGAGUCUGGGUGGUGCCUUCGUUGGGUGCUUGUUUAGCGGUUGGAUUGCUGAUAGUUUUGGGCGCCGUAGGGCUUUCCAGCUCACUGCAUUGCCUAUGAUAAUUGGAGCUUCUAUCAGUGCAUCAGCGGCCAGUCUGCAGGUUAUGCUUUUUGGUAGAUUUUUAGUUGGAAUAGGGAUGGGCAUAGGUCCACCUGUUGCUUCUCUUUAUGUGACAGAGGUUUCUCCUUCGUUUGUUCGGGGCACUUAUGGAAGCUUUAUUCAGUUCGCAACAUGUCUUGGACUCAUAGGUGCUCUAUUUGUUGGAAUCCCAGUUAAGGAAGUUGAAGGAUGGUGGCGUGUCUGCUUUUGGGUAUCUACCAUUCCUGGUGCUCUACUUGCACUUUGCAUGGAAUGCUGUGCUGAAAGUCCACAUUGGCUCUAUAAGUGUGGCAAAAUUGUUGAAGCUGAAGCUGAAUUUGAAAGACUAUUGGGAGGACCCCAUGUCAAACCAGCAAUGACAGAAUUAUUACGUUCAGACAGGGGGGAUGAUGUAGACAUAAGUUUUUUAGAAUUGCUUCAUGGUCGCCAUUUCAGAGUUGUUGUUAUUGGAUCAACGCUAUUUGCUUUACAACAGCUAUCCGGCAUAAAUGCUGUAUUCUAUUUCUCCUCGACCGUCUUUAAAAGUGCAGGGGUGCCCUCAGACAUUGCCAAUAUUUGUGUAGGAUUUGCUAAUUUAUCAGGAUCAAUAAUUGCGAUGGUUUUGAUGGAUAAACUGGGAAGAAAGAUGCUACUUUUAGGGAGCUUUAUUGGCAUGGCUGUGUCAAUGGGAGUUCAGGCUGCUGCAGCUAGCAUUCACAUUCCUACCUCUGGGGCUUUAUACUUAUCGGUUGGUGGAAUGUUGUCAUUUGUCCUGGCAUUUGCAUUGGGAGCUGGCCCAGUCCCAGGUCUACUUUUACCAGAAAUUUUCCCCAGCAGAAUCCGAGCAAAGGCUAUGGCUGUGUGCAUGUGUGUUCAUUGGGUGUUGAAUUUUUUUGUUGGUUUGCUAUUUUUGCAACUGUUGGAGCAACUAGGGCCACAAGUCCUGUACUCUAUUUUCGCAACAGUUUGCCUUCUAGCCGCAGUUUUCGUGAGGAGGAAUGUGGUAGAAACUAAAGGCAAAUCACUCCAAGAAAUUGAAAUUGCACUCCUUCCACCUGAGUAGAGGUAAAGAUGUGCAUCUUACCACAAGCAUGCUGAGAUUUGGGUCAUCUAAUUGCAUUCAUCAGUGGUAUUGAUGCCAUGCCAUAAGCAAGCAAAACGAACAUGCUUGCCUUGAGAUCUGUAAAUAUAUUGUGCUAAAGUUUAGGUGCUGGAAAGUGUGUGCCUUUUAAUUGCAUGUGUUCUUCAAUGGAUUGAUUACAAUUGCAGGUGCGCGAGAUAUGAAGUAUUCGGACUAGUUGAAUGGUUUGCGAUA